UUAAUAAAUAAUUAUAUUUCUUAAUAAAUGGCACGAAGAGGAUAGUAACCACCACCAUAAUAAGCUCCACCUGCUUAAAAGAAUCAAUCAGGUAAAUUCAAUCCAGCUGAAUUUGUUAAACCUGGUUUGACAGAAGAAGAAGUCUUGGAAAUCAAAGAAGCAUUUGACUUAUUUGAUACAGAUGGGUAAUUUUUUAUAACAAAAUUAGCGGUUAAUCAAUUGAUCCAAAAGAAUUAAAAGCCGCAAUGACUUCUUUAGGAUUUGAAGCAAAAAAUCAAACUAUUUACUAAAUGAUUAGUGAUUUAGAUACAGAUGGAAGCGGUUAAAUUGAUUUUGCAGAGUUUUUGAAAUUAAUGACUGCUAGAAUUAGUGAGAGAGAUUCUAGAGCUGAUAUCUAAGUAAAAUAUACCUUAAAUUAUAUAAGAAAGUCUUCAAUUUGUUUGAUUCAGAAAGAGCAGGAGUUAUAACCUUAAAAGAUCUAAGAAAGGUAGCUAAAGAAUUAGGAGAAACUAUGGAUGACUCAGAAUUAUAAGAAAUGAUUGAUAGAGCUGAUUCAGAUGGAGAUGCUUAAGUCACAUUUGAUGAUUUCUAUAAUAUUAUGACAAAAAAGACCUUUGCAUGAAUUCAUUAUUACAUAAAAAACAUAUUCAAUAUAAAGUAUUAUCAGU